UGGCUAAACAAAUCCAACCGGUCCCCCCUACUUUUCUCAUCUGAGUUGCAUUGCAUCUUGACAUGACUCUUCAGUUCCGGUAGAACAAAUUUCCCCAACACUCGAAAAACUGCUACUUCACUCCGUUAAAAGUAGCAGCAAAACCCCAACAAAACCCCACCAAUUUCCGGCGAACUAGCUAGCGCCUCCGCCCGCACGGCGUUCCCGUGGUCGAUUGUCACCCGCACCUGUUCCACCUCCGCACCCUAGGUUGUACCCUUUUUGUUUGGUUUGCUUCCAGCUCGACGCAAUUAUCUUUGGAGAAGUGGAGUAAACAGUUGUUUUUAGUAGCUUUCAUUAUAAAGCUUUUACAUUGGUCUGUAUCAUUUUAUUCUCUGGCAAUGAGUGUCUGUGGUGACAAAUCGGAUGAUGAGUAUUCUGUCAUUGGAGACAAAGGGGAGAUGGGAUUUAUUGAUUAUCAGAAUCAGAGCUCUGUUUGUAGCUAUGAUCCAUAUGAGGAUGGCCCAGUUGUUAUUUCUGUGCCUUUUCCAUCUGUUGAACAUAAGCCUCAAUCAAUUUUUGUCGAUGAGGUUGCAGCUGAUUCAAUAACCAUUAAAAACACAACCAGCGAUUCUGUAGAACUUUGGAGGAUCCAAAUAUAUGCUUCAAACCCUGAAGAUUCUUUCAAACUUUCGUUGAUGGAGCCUUCCAAACCAGGGUUUGUGGGCUUUUCUUCUUUGGAAGACCGGAUACUUCAACCACUUAAAACGUUGACAGUUUGGUUAUCUUGCAAGCCUACAGAUAUUGGGAUGUACACAUGCAUUGUCCACUUUGACGUUGGGGAUGAUAGGAUAGAGCGUGUGGUCUUUCUCUUGGCAGAAGAUAGUAUCUCUAAAGCUUUAGCUUCGAAGAAGCCGUAUCAAAGGGGAAGGAAAAAGGCAAAUUUUGUUAUGGAUUCCUAUGUUCAAGGCGUACGCCCAGCAAGGCCAAGCUGCCGCGGUUUCCGUCCUAGGCUUCCUAGUUAUGAGAUACCAAAAGAAAUCAGAGAAGUUAUAGAGAAUAAGCAGGUUCCAGAUGCUAUCUUAGAAGGGCUAUCAAGGAAGAACUAUGUACCUUUCUUCAGAACACUACUUGUUAUGGAAGAACUGCGCUUGGAGCAAGAUAUACAGGCUUAUAACAUGGAGAAUGUCUCUAUGAGGAGCAAGGGCCGUCAGUUCUUAACACUGGAGGUCCUAGGCUUGGCUGAAAGAAGACCUUCACUAGUGCAUGGAGAUUCCGUCUACGCCAGACUUGCUUCCGGAGAGGUUGAUGACAAUCCUGUUUAUGAGGGUUGUAUACACCGCGUAGAGGCUGAUCAAGUAUAUCUGAAAUUUGCUGAUGAAUUCCACCAUCGUCACAACGAUCGUAAUUUUUAUAACAUCAGAUUUAUGUACAAUCGUGUCAGUAUGAGAAGACUAUAUCAUGCUAUUGAAGGUGCAGAAAAAGUACAUAAAGCCUUCCUCUUUCCAUCUGAGUCUUUAGUGAAGAGGCAGAUUACACCAGCCCCAAUGGUGCCAAUAUCUAGUAAGCUCAAUGAGGAGCAACUGAAUGCUGUUGAAAUGGUUCUAGGAUGUCGAGGGGGAGUCCCAUAUAUGAUAAAUGGGCCACCAGGUACUGGUAAAACAAUGACACUGGUAGAAGUGAUCCUCCAACUUUACAAAACCCGCAAAAAUUCUCGGAUUUUAAUCUGUGCCUCUUCCAACUGUGCCGCAGACCAUAUACUGGACAAAAUUCUGAAAGAGAGGAACAUUAAAAUCCGGGAAAAUGAAAUUUUCAGGCUCAAUGCGAGCAGUCGCCCAGUUGAAGAUAUGAACCCUGAUUAUAUGCAAUUUUGUUAUUUUGAGCACUCUAUUUUCCGGUGUCCUCCGCUCGAGGCACUGUUGCAUUAUAGAGUCAUUAUAACAACAUAUAUGAGUUCUGUCAAUCUUCAUGCAGAAGGGGUUAGGCAGGGCCACUUCUCUCACAUAAUUCUUGAUGAGGCAGGCCAGGCCUCAGAACCAGAAACCCUUGUUUCCAUUUCUAGCCUCUGCCAGAAUAAUACUGUGGUUGUUCUUGCUGGAGAUCCAAUGCAACUAGGCCCUGUCAUAUUUUCCCAAGAUGCAAAGAAACACGGAUUAGGAAAAUCAUAUUUGGAAAGGCUGUUUGAAUGUGAUCUCUAUAGUGAAGGGGAUGAAGGUUAUGUGACAACACUUCGGCGGAACUACCGAUCCCACUCUGAAAUCCUGUGUCUGCCUUCAGAAUUAUUUUACAAUGGAGAAUUGAUGGCAUGCUACAAACCCAUGAACUCCACAUCUUGGGAAGAUCUCCUUCCUAAUAAGGAAUUUCCCAUUCUUUUUACUGGUAUCCAAGCGUAUGAUGAGAGGGAAGGAGAUAACCCCUCAUGGUUCAAUCGCACUGAGGCUAGCAUGGUAGUUAAGUUUAUCAAGAAGCUCAUAGAAAGGGAUGUUAGUGAAAGCGAAAUCGGUGUGAUUACACCUUACAGGCAGCAAGUAGCCAAAAUUAAAACCGCUCUUGAAAAUGGCGAUAUCAAUGAUAUCAAGAUUGGUAGUGUUGAGCAGUUUCAAGGACAAGAGAGGGAAGUGAUUAUUAUAUCCACUGUCCGAUCAACUGUUAAACAUGAUGAAUUUGACAGAGUCCAUUAUUUAGGAUUUCUUAGCAAUCCAAAGAGGUUUAAUGUUGCCAUCACCCGAGCCAGAUCUUUGCUUGUCAUUAUCGGGAACCCACAUAUUAUCUGUAAGGAUCCUUUCUGGGCAAAGCUUCUGUGGCGUUGCGUAGACAACAAUGCAUAUGAGGGUUGUUCUCUUCCCGAAAGACAGGGGUUCAGUGAGGAGACUCCGUUAGAGGGCGAAGGGUCUCAUGCUGCAGACCAAGAUAAUCGCAACAACUACUCUUACGAGGAUUGUUCUAUUCCUCACGGUGAAAGCAAUAAUGAUAACUUUUCGGCAGUGGAUGGAUGGUGUCUUGAUGCACCUGUAGUGCAACAGAAUGGUGCAGAACUAUCUUGGGAAAAUGAUACUUCUAAACCUGUCAAAGGUGAGGAGGAAUGGUCUGAUGGAUGGACUCUUGAUGCACCUGUGGUGCAACAGAAUGGUGCAGAAUGGUCUCUUGAUGCACCUGCGCCGCAACAGAAUGGUGCAGAAUGGACUCUUGAUGCACCUGUGGUGCAACAGAAUGGUGCAGAGCCAUCUUCGGAAGUUGAUACUCUUAAACCUGUCAAGGGUGAAGGCGAAUGCUCAGACGGAUGGUCUCUUGAAGCCCCUUCGGUGCAAGAGGAUGGUCCAGAGCUAUCCUGGGAAAAUGAUAUUCCUAUACCUGUUAAGGAUGAAGAUGAAUGGUCUGACGGCUGGAAGUGAUUUUAUGUUUUUACAUCCUCCGCCAAUUUUUGUAGUUCCUGUUAAAUAUUUAUAUUGGUGAUCAAUUGAUAAUGACUUGAUUCGUGUCA